AUGAUGGACGAUGCUUCGAAAGACGCCACAAAUCAGCCUUCACCCGUGUCCGAAGUCACGCAACUUGCGUACAUGCCCGAUGUAGUGGUCCUUAACAUCGUUGACAUGCUGCUCAACGAUGGCGACAUCCCUGGGUAUCUCGAGAGCGAUGAAGAACGGUAUGAUGUCUGUACCGCCGCCAACCCGGAGGGUAUGCGCAGCUGGGGAGUGCAGAACGCCACCAACUUGGCAAAAGUUUGCAUGCGGUUCUACAACAUCGUCAGUCCAGCAGUCUUCAGACACGACAUUCAGCAUCGUUGCGCAUCCUCCUUGCUACUAUCGGCCAAAAGAAACAACCUCGACGGUGUUUUAGCCUCACUUCGGCACGGCGCCAACAUCAAUCAGACUGAUCAAUCAUUGAUGCAUGUCGAAGAAACCGAAAUCAUGGAGGAACAUCGAUUUGAAUGCUUGUUAUUUCCAGUCAAAACAUCCUUGACCGCACUGCAUUGGGCUUCAUUGUACGGAUACAAAGAGCUGGUACAUCACCUCCUCAAAUUUGGCGCCGAUGUCCAACACAGGGCCGACCUGGGCUUUUAUCACUACUUCAGCUGCGACCCGUACGAAAACUGCUGGAAGGAGUAUGAAACCGACAUGGAUGACCCUCAUCGAGCUUUAUUCUGCGCGACGAAGGCAGAAUACAAGAAGUCGAUAGAUCGGAGCUCCGCUCAAAGCCAAAGGGAAACAUUACCUUCGCCAAUGGGCGCCAAUCCGCUGUUCUUCGCCUUGAGAGGCAAUUUUGACAGCGAAAACCGCGCGUUGUGGGAGGCAACUUCCACAGAAUACUACAGAUUCGGUACCGAGCCUUUUGUGGCCGAUGACAUAAGUGGCUCACGUCUCGACAUUGUCAAGGCUUUGAUCAAAGCCGGAUCAUCCCUGGUCACUCGCGAGAAAGACAAAGUCCAUGCUCUACAUCAAGCCUGUGCCUAUGAGGACGUUGAUGUGGCUCGCUUCCUCCUAGAAGAAGUAGGAGUCGAUCCCAAUACCGAGGAUUCAAAAGGCGACACUCCUCUUCACUACGUGGCUGCCAGUCAGCAAUACCCAUGCUAUGCCUGCAUUGAAAGCAGCUACGAGCCCAGACGACGUACGCAAGAGAUUGUGAACCUACUCAUCAAUAGAGGGGCAAAUCUUGAUUCCAAGAAUCUCGACGGAAGAAAACCCACUGACUGCGGCUUGCUUUCCAUUUACAACAACGAGGAAGAAAGAGAGGUGCUUGGUCCAUUGGUGUUGUGCGCUUAA